AUGUGCAUUCUAUUCGCUACUAGGUCUCAUCCAAAUUAUGAGUUGAUUCUCAUAUCCAACAGAGAUGAAUUCUUCGAAAGAGAUACCCACAACACUUGCUGGCAUACAAAUUCAUCUAUUUUAUCACCGUAUGAUAUGGCAAGGAGUCACAGUAAUGUAGGAUCGAUGUCUAAAAUUUUUGGAACUUGGAUAGGUAUUAAUAAGGGAGGGAGGGUAGCAAAUAUUUUGAACCUUAGACCAGCCGAUACACCAAGUGAUAAGUCAUCUAAAGGUCUUAAAUCAAGAGGUAUAAUUCCAUUUGCCUUCUUAAGUACUGAUUCAACGAAAGACGACUUUGAUAACUGGAAUUCGUUCGAAAACUUUCAAAGACAAUACCCAUAUUUAACACAAUCUGGUGAUUUUAAUUUUUUUUAUGGUGACAUCAAGAAGAAAGAAUAUAGAAUAAUUGAUGCAUUUGGACAAACAUUCCCUGUUUUGGAUAAAAAUGAUGCUUAUUCAUUUGUUUUAUCCAACAACACCUACAAUAUUGAUGAGAACCACCAAUGGACAAAGACUAAGUUAGGUCUUCAAAAAUUACAAGAACUUGUCGAAAGGACAAAGACCAGCUGUGAUAAUGAGCAGGUAAGAUCUGAAUGUUUCAAAUUAGCGUCAAUAUGUUCUGUACCACAGGAAAUAAGAGAUAGACCAUACCACGCGAACCCGGCUGUUACAUAUGAUACAAUAUUUGUACCACCAUUAGGGAACGAGGGUGGUGAAGAUGUUGGCUUAACUUCAACCAAAGGUAAAUUUUAUGGUACAAGAUCCCAGAUCGUUAUUUUGGUUAGUAAAGAUUGUCAACAUGUCACAUAUGAAGAAAAGGUUCUACACACCUCAGAUACUGAUAUCUUAAUCAACUCUUCGAAUAACCCCAAAAAUGUUAACAAAUUCGAAUUUGAUAUUGAAUAA